CGCAUAGCAAAACGCCUGCUUUAAAUUGAAACCCCCACGAGACAUGUAUACUAAAGUAAAAUGUUUGUUUUUUAUGUUUUGCACCAUAAGCAGGCGAGGACAUACAUAAAAUUUGGGGAAACAGCUACAGCAAAAAAGCUUUCCUCAAAGAGGCUCUUUUGAUUGUAGACAUACAACAUUUUCCACGUCGAAUGCAGGUUAAGCAAGGCUACUUCACAACAAUAGCGUUGUACUGUUCUGGGCAUGCUCAGUAACGCCACUGCUUAGUUGGUAAACAACAUUCAAUAGCCAGGCCAGCAAAUGGAAAGUGCACCAGGAGUAAGGGACAAUCUUAGUCUACUAGGAAGUAAUGAUUUUGAUUAACUCAAAGUCCCAAUGAUGUAAUCACUCCAGCAAAAUCGUAGUAAAAAUUCCUUAUAUGAUAAUAUAGUACACAAAACCUGGAAAUCUAGGUGGUAACUCAGGGGACUGCAUAAAUGAAACAUAACCAUGACAAACAGGAAGUUUGCAUUAAUACUACGUCCCUUUCUAUAUCCUUUCACACGUACUCACCUGUAUCCAGUUAGCUUCAUGUGGUGCACUAAUAAGUGGUCUGUACAUUGGCCUUAUACACAAAAUUCCAAUGAUGUAAUGUGUGUUUUAACCUGCACUACAAGUCCACAUGUCUGAUAGUGGACCAUUUUCCUGAGCUCCAGCAAAAACAAAGACUUCAUCUCCACCAGGACCUAGUACCAGUGUGUGCUCAUAUCGAGGAGGGAGGAGGGUCGAAGGUAGCUUCUCCCACGAAAUCGAACCUGUGCAAAUCUCGUGACCUCUCACAUGAUGGUGGUUUGUUGCUGACUGUUUUCUGCCAGCAGUGAAGACGAUGGAUCGAGGAAGCUUCGUCCGUGGAGCUUUUCUACUUCUGCCGUUGUAUCUGUGUUCGUGCAGUGCCUCCGUACCGCUGCUAGCCUGGUCAAAUACAGGGAUAUUCUCGCAGGUCUCUGCUGACGACCUAAGCCGAACGUACUGGCUACUGAACCAAAAGUCUGGAGAACUCUCCAAACUUGACUUUAUACUAGUUUUCGCUUCCGGGAAGCUGGAUUUUGAUGACAUUGCCCGAUAUGGUGGUCUCUACAGUGAUGAAAUAGAGUCGCCACUAGCUCCUUUACAGUCUGCCAUGGAGUCAGCAGAGUCCAGUGUCUGGGGAAAGAUGGAGGGAAGCAGCAGUUUCAUCGAAGACAUAUCUCACUUCACUUACACCUCUCCACUCUACCUGCCCUGGCCUGCAGACCCAAAUCAACUGAGGAAAAAUCCGUACAAUGUUAAUCUGGUGGUGGUCGAACUACUUGACAGUUGGGACCCCGAGACCUCACUUUCAGAACAUGGUGCAGUGAUAGGUCAUGUGAUGAAGAGUAUGGACGAUCUCGGAGCUAACUAUGCUGCCUUCUACGGAACUAUUACUCGCCACCAAAACAGAGAAAAGCGCUCCAGUAACAUGGUCCCACCACAUAUCUUGUCCGCUUUGAAGAACACGGCGAGCAAUGAAACAGCCAAACAAGUGUGUAACCGAACUGCCAUAAUCUACGAGCAAACCACUAACCAAACGGACGUCAAAACCACCUUCUGCUCUCUUCUCUGCAUGCGCUCCACCGUGCGGGCGUACUUGAACGUGACUGGAAAUGACACGGCAUACGAGCCGCUAUUAGCUGUCUACUGGCCGAGCUGGGUGUACCAGCAAGACAUGAAAAACAACGAGAGUGACAUCGACAAAGGGAUAUAUCCUCCGAAUUACCACUGCAACAUGACGGGGCUUGAAUUUGAUGAGACGGAAAUGUACUGUCAGAAUUCAUCUAUACAAGAAGAGUAUCUCAGCCAAAUGAACCUAACAUCCAACAGUGUAACUGCUUACUUGAAGGGCAAUUGUGGAGUUGCAGACGACACUGAAAAUAUCACUGAAAUAAUGCUGAAAGUAGAGUUCAUUUUCUUUGGUGGUGGAAGUGACGUGGCAAAGAAACCAAAGGGACUACCGUUUGCUCCGUUGCCUGGGAAACAACUGCUGAUGCCCGGUUACUGGACCAUGCAGCUUGUGGUUACCAACGUUACCAACGUUACCGACGACAAGAACAAUGCGUCACACUACCUCACCCGCUAUAGGACUAACAUCGACCUCUCAAAGAGAAACAGUUCAGGGUCACCUAUUGUUGAGAAGAGAGGUCUAUUCUACCCGUUCUCCAUACCGUUCUAUGUAUCGUACUCGUGUGUCACUCACAAGGACAGACUGUGGCACGCACAGGGGAACCUCAACAGAUUCGUGCCGACUAAACUACCUUUCAACGCCAGCAGCGAUGGUUUGGUACCUCUUGAUGUUGCCGACGGCCCUGUGCUUCAGUUCGUUGGAUUUCAAGUCCAGUCAUACGGCAAUGUGUAUGGAGCCCACAACGAAACGCGGUUUCUUGCCUUCAGCACCGUCUACGAUUGUGAGGGCUACUUCGACGUCGCCAGCUGGAUGGGAACGUUUGUGACCGUCAUCUUCAUCAUCGUGCUCUAUUUCGCAAUACUCGCCCUGUUCUCCACGCAGACUGUCGAUCGAUUCGACGAUCCAAGAAGUCGUACGAUAUCAGUCGAAAAUCUCCACUAGAACUAUACAAUUAUACUACUUGUAUACUAGGGAUUAUAUAUACCCAUACAUGAGUGCCCGAUUUUUGAUGUUUUGGAAGUUGUGUGUGUUCUACUCCGUUUAUGCAUGGAUUUUUCGUUUUUGUUGAGAUGAUGUGUAAUUUUUAGCCAUGUGCGUAAUGAUGUGCUGCUUCCACUAUUGUCCGGUCGCGCGCGAAAAUAAACAGACGUUUUACGGAGAGCGUGCGCGGUGUUGAAUACGUGGGCGAGGUC